AUGAUAACGUUACCGCAAAAGUGGACUACCAGUACAGUGCAGGGACUUCAAUCAAGUGAAGUACUCAUAGGGUUAGUUCCAGAGACGGAGGGUUACCGACUAUACGUUACGAAUUUCAAUGGCCUCUGGACAGAUACGACUGAGUCGGUGUAUGAAUAUGCCACGAAAUUAGGCUAUUCAGUCAGUUUGGAUUAUGAGCGUAAAGAGCUUGUCGCCACUAUUCAUAAGGCAAUAUACAGUUCCAAGGAAUUGAAGCUGGGGUUAAUAUGUCUGUACCAUAACGGUCAAUUAGAUAUCCACAUUGAUCACACCGAUUUUAAAUGGAAGUUCUAUGUACAUCAGCAAGAUUCGACGCAAUUGGCAGCAUUCCUUGCGGGAUUGAACUAUCAACAGUUCGCUAACCAACAGUAUCUAACUUACAAGUUACGACAACUCCAACAUAGUGUACAGGUAAAGGAUCUAUAUAUUAAGUUUCUAUCAGAGAACUUUAAGCUCAGCCAUGGACUGCAAUUAAUCAAUAAAUUUAAGAAGAAUAACAAGCUUGAUGCAUCUGAUAUGGCAGAAUUUAACUCAGUGGAAUGGGAUAAAUAUGUAAAUGAGCAAUACUUAAGUCAAGCAAAGAGAGUAGCAAGAUCUUCUGAGAAAAGACUACACGACAUUGUACAUACAUCCCUUACAGAUCAUUCAGCAUGGAACUUUUCAAAUAUUUGGCUCACUGAUAAUUUCCAACCAUCCAAUAUCAGUCUGGCACCAUAUAAGCAAGAAGAUCCAUUCGUGGAAAUCAAGCUAAAGCAAGAACCAGAGAUGGAACCAGAACUAAAAAACGAACCAGAACCAGAACAAGAACCAGAUGAAACAAAACGAGGAACCAAAAGGAAGUUUGGAGUAUUGAAAAGCUCACCUGUAAAGAAGAUCAAGAAGGAAGAACAACCCAAUCAACCAAUAAGACCCAAGAAGUUUGGAUCUCUUUCUCAAAAACGAAGGAAUCUAAAAUAG